AUGUCAGCUAGCAGUACAACAAGCACUAGCACUCGCACCUCAACGACCACCAUCCCCCUGACCACCGUCUUCACACAACCGACACAAUGCACGACCGAUUGGCAGUACGAGCCGUCCGCCUACAACGACGUGCCUAAUGGCUUGUUGAUGCAGAAUGUCGCGUCGGUAGUCAGUUCCUGUUUUCCGACCGGGUUCGCCAUGUCUGGGAGAGCCGAAGCACCUCAGGUCUACAGCCCGGGUUGGUGUCCAGUGGGCUACACCUCUGCCGACGUGCACAUUGAUGGGAAGACCACUUCGGCCGUUUGCUGUUACUCAAACUAUUCGUAUUACACCUCGACGAUGUUUUAUUCCAAUCUACCGUCGGCUAUCUUCGCAGGAUGUCUCAGCUCGUUCCCAAAAACUAGCUCCACUAUCGUCUCCGUCCGUGAUCCCAAAACGAACCAAGGAACCCAGGUCUCGGGCCCAAUAACCAUGUGGGCGCAACCCAUCUCCAUCCAACUCCAAGCAACAGAUUCGAGCCUAUUCGUAUCCGCAACCACCACGGGAGCCGGUUCCACCGGCACCGGAGCAACCGCAACAUCGACCUCAGACUCAGCCGCAUCAGACUCCGGGUCAAGCGGCCUCUCGACGGGUGGAAAGGUCGGUGUCGGUGUUGGUGUUGGCGUCGGUGCACUCGCCAUCUUCGCUCUACUUGCAUUCUGGUUCCUGCGUCGUCGUGCGGCCAGCAAGAAGAACGCUGCUCCUGCUCCUGCUAUAGCAGCGGCCGCGGCACCUGCAUACACAAAUCCUUACCCGAGCCAAGGUGCAGCGCCUUAUCACGGUCCUGUUCCUGCUGCUAUGUCGGAAUUGGAGAAUACAUCCGCGAAGUUCGCGCCGCAACCACAACCAGCUGAGUUGCAAGGAGACAGCAGGAGACAAAACCAGGUCGCGGAGCUUUCUGGUUGA